GUAACAUCUUGAAACAGGAAGUAAACAUCCAGCGGUUAUCGAGCUAGAAGGCAAAAGUGGAGAGCCUUGUGUCGAUCUGAUACGGGCAUGAAACGACUUUGAGAGUCGGGAAGAGGCCGGUGUGUUACGAUGUUGUGUCCGGAGUAGCGACAGACCGACUGAUACCACAGGAUUUAAGUUGUGCUCCACUUUCUUCCAGUCCGACUGUUGAAACCAGGGGUGAAUGAGUGACCUGGUGCCGCCCACAGCUCUCAGUGAAGUCCAGCUCCGCUUCCUCUGUCACAAUGACAUAGAGAGUGUCAAAGUGCUCUGUGGCGAUUGGUUCCCAAUCGAGUACCCAGAGUCAUGGUAUCAAGACAUCACCUCCAACAAGAAGUUCUUCUCCCUCGCUGCCACCUUCAGGGGGAGCAUCGUGGGAAUGAUUGUGGCUGAGAUCAAAAGCCGGACCAAAGUACACAAAGAGGAUGGAGACAUCCUGGCCUCCAGUUUUCCUGUGGACACACAGGUGGCCUACAUCCUCAGCCUGGGCGUGGUCAAAGAGUUCAGGAAACAUGGCAUAGGCUCCUUGCUGCUGGACAGUCUGAAGGAGCACAUCUCAACGACAGCCCAGGACCACUGUAAGGCCAUCUACCUGCACGUCCUCACCACCAACACCACUGCCAUCCACUUUUAUGAGAACAGGGAUUUCAGGCAGCACCACUACCUGCCCUACUACUACUCCAUCCGCGGCGUCCUUAAAGAUGGAUUCACAUAUGUGCUCUACAUUAACGGGGGUCAUCCACCUUGGACAAUAUUAUAUCCUUUUGUGAAAGCAGAGAAACAGGCCAUCCACUCACUUAGUGUUGUCUGA